GAUGUGGGCAAUGCCCAAUCUAGCGUCGUGCUUCUGUUUUUGCACGGGUGGCCGGACAAUGCCAAGGAGUUCCAGAAGCAGAUUUCUUUCUUCUCUGAGCUGGGCUACCGGUGUGUGGCCGCCGAGCUGCCCAUGACUGAGCACGGAGAAAAGGCGCCUUGGGGUCACGACUUCGAUGUGCUUGCACAGCAGCUGUCCAAUCUUGCCGAGUUCCUGCGAGGCCAUGGAGGUGAGAAUCGAUCGCUCGUCCUGCUCGGGCAUGAUUGGGGGGCAUGGCUUACGUACAUGGCCCAGAGGAAAGACCCCCACCUGUUCGAUGCCAUCGUGCCCCUGGACAUUGCUCCAGGCUAUGGUGAACUCCCGUUCUCGGUCAAGUGGCGCGUGGUCGCCUACCAGCAGUUUGCCCUGAUGUGCUUCCUGUUCGGGAAGCUACCACUCAUGCAGGACGCGGCCAACAAGCUGCUGCGGCACUUCAUGGAGCAGUCACUGGGCCCCGUGUCCGGCUACGGUGAGGCCGGCCAGCUGCUGACGCCAACACCUCUGGAAGAGAUGACCGCCGCAAUGGGCUGGCCGUAUUGGCAGACAUGGAAGCCACCUCGCUUCUUUCUUUGGGCGCGAUGGCAGACACACGGCCUUCGAGGAUGGAAAAGCAACGCCGCCGAUGCGCAGCUCGCGGGUGAGCUGCCUUCUUGCCCUACGCUGCUUCUACACGGAGCGGCCCCAUCCAAGAUGGACCUCACGGGGCGCUACUUCCUGGAGGCCCUUCGCUUGAAGGGCGGUCCUCUGCGGUACUCCAAGGCGUUCGACUCGCACCACUGGUUCUUUUACUGGCGCGCGGCAGAGGUCAACCGUGAGAUUCACCAGUUCCUACAGAAGUUGUCCCUGGAGCCGUGA